CGGCCCCCUGGGCUUAAGUAUGGGUCGUUGAACCGUUAAUCGGCAGCUUGGCGGUUCCUCAUUUUCGUGAUUCCUUUCGAGUCGAGAUAAAACUUUAGGGCUUUGUUCAGCCUUUCAGGUCGCCCUCAGCGCUGCCUCACCAUCUUUUCUCUCUUUCUCUUCUCUCUCCCGCUCUCCCCUCCUCGCCGUCGCCCCUCCAACCUCGCAAUGCCGCUCAUCAACCUCCGGGACCUCAUCGCCUGGCCUAAUAACCCCGACAAUGCCUCUGACACUGUCAUCAAUGGCAUCCACUUCAACAAGACCGCCCUCGAACACUGGAACUACACCUACUACAGCAACAACACCAUCUCCAACGACUCCAAUUGCUUCGUCAUCUUCGACGCCUACCGCCCCACGUUCCUCUCCAACGGCUCCUGGAUCAACGGCACCACAUGUUACUACCCCCUCAACUCCAUCUCCACCCGCGGCUCCAUUGGCAUUGCCUUCGUUGCCAUGUACGGCCUCGCACUGGUCUUCUCCCUCGUCGUGCUCCGCAAGCACGGGCAGCUCUACCUGCAGGAGACGAAGCGCUUCCGGGCGGUCGGGCGCCGCUGGACGUGGUAUUGGAUGUGCUUCACCUGCGCGUGCGCGCUGAUCAGCACCGUCUCGAGCAUCGAUGUCGACCGGAACUAUCUGCCGAAGAUGCCUAUCAUCCUGCAGAGUUUCUUCUUCAUGCUGAUGGUGCCGGGGAGUUUGGCCAUGGUGUGGGAGGCAACGAGGCAUUGGGGUUCUUGGCAGGAGCGGCAGGUCGUGGAUCCGGAUCCGUUUGCGCUUGGGCAGGAUGAUCGGAGGAGUAGAACAGAGUUCUACCUGCCGCUGAUCUUCUACCUGUUUGCAUGGCUGAACUUCUUCAUGACCAUCCCCCGCUCCUGGAGCGCCAUCGAAAAACAGCGCUCCGCUGACCAAACCCUUGCCGUCGCCGCCCCCUCCGGCACCGACAGCCGCUUCAAAGCCGGCUCCAUCCUCGGCGGCGUCGCCUACUUCAUCAUCAUCUACAGCCUCCACCACAGCCUCAAGCACUACAAACCGCGCCCACCGACCCCGACCCGCUCCUUCGCCCCCUUCAAAUCCAUCGCCCACUUUAUCGCCGCCUGCCCUACCAAGAUCUUCCUCGCCCUCGUCAUCCUCGCCGUCCGCAUGGCCUACAUCGUCGCGCAGGCCUGGGAAUGGGAAAUCAGCGUCUUCAACCUCUCCGUCAACCCCGCGUGGCCCUACGCGCUGGGAUACGCCCCCGUGCUGCUGAUCAUGUUCAUCUUGAUCGUCGCGGGGCUGAUCGAGCGGAACGAGGACGUCGUGCUGAUCGAGCAGCGGCGCCGGCGCGGACGCGAGACGAACGCGAUGGUGGGAUAUACCCCGAAGCCGCAGUGGUGGCGGUUUGGGAAGGAGAACCAGUUCAUGACGGCGGAGGAGCAGCUGCGGCAUAUGACGACGGAGGUGGGCGGAAGGGCGCCGACGGCGAACCGGCUCUCGCGGACGAUGGAGUUGCGGAAUAUGCAGGGAGGGAACUUCUCGGAUGGGGAUGCGAAUGGGAUGGAGAUGGGGGUGACGGGGGGUAGUGGGAUGCGGAAUCGGAGUCGGAGUCGGGUGGAGGAUCCAUUUAGCGAUCCGAGUCCUGGGACGGGGUUAACGCCGGAGCGGACGAGGAGUAAUGAUGCGUCGAGCGUGAGGACGGGCCAGAGUGGGAUAUCGGGGACGACGUUGGCAAGUGGGAACGUGAAGCCGGUGCAAGUCAGGAGUAUGUUGGACAUAUAAGCCAUCAUCCAGAG